AUGUACGCCAUAAAUCCAUCGGGAAGACUGGAUCCUGUUACGAAACGUAUACAGACAAUCGUGAUUCCAACACCGGACUACCAUCAACGUACACACCCGAAUCAGCACAAAAGUAUACUGUAG